CCCUUCUCUAACUGAUGCCCACCCCGGAGGUCCAGGAUCAGAGGGGGCUGGUGGUGUUUUCCUGGAAAAUGAGAUCCUCAGCACUUAGCUUCCAAGGUCAGCUUGGGCCUCUGAACCUCCACCUCCAUCUUUUCCUGCUGCUGCUACUACUUUCAGCCAGCCCCAUGGACCCCCGGAUGCUGAAGCCGUCACUGUCCCCCAUGCUACAGAACCGGCCCUUCCUAGUGGUGGACCUGGAGCACACGAUUGGUCAAGCAGCUGCCAUGGGAGCCCAGGGAGUGGUGCUCUGGGGGGAGGCGGACUACGCUAGGAACCAGAGCACCUGCUUGAAGAUGCGUCAUUACCUGCUGAGCAGACUGGGCCCUUACGUGCUAAAUGUGACCACAGCAGCUGCCCUCUGCAGCCGGUCCCAGUGCAACGGGCACGGCCGCUGUCGCCGUCGGAUCCCCGACUCACCCACUUACCUGCACCUGGAGCCCAGCACCUUCCAGAUCCACGUGGCCAUAGCUGCCAACCACACCCAGGCUUCCAUUCAAGGCCGACUGAGUCCCAGGCAGCGGGAGGCCCUGGGCAGAGACUUUAUCUGUCACUGCUACCAGGGCUGGCAGGGGGACAGAUGCCAGGAAAGGAACCAGGCUGGGGAGGCACUGGCCCUGUCCCUGCUGCUUCUAGCUGUCAGCUUUGGGGGGCUUUGGGCAUGGACUCUGUGACCUCUCCACAAUUACCUUGGGAAGUGGGGAGAAAUUCCUUCCCACCCUCUAAAAUAAGGUCUUCAAAGCUAAAGGCAGGGGCUAGGUGGCACAGUGGAUAGAGCACCGGCCCUGAAGUUGGGAGGACCUGAGUUCAAAUCCAGCCUCAGAAGAAAGGCUAGAGUCUUUCAAAUCAUACAGGACCCCAGGCCCACUCCACCACUCCCACCAAUAACUCUCCUCACCUUAUACUCCCUGUCUACCCUCAGGGUCUCCUGACCACAGGAGGCCCUCCCUUUGUGGAAUGACACAGAAGCAGGUCCACCCCAUUCCAGGGUCAUUGCUGGAAAGGAUCGCACACCACUCUGUGCAUCCUCUGUUGUGCUGUGUGUCUGGCCCUCCGUGUCUGUGAUCAAUGGUGCUAGUGACCCCCGGGGGGAGGGGGCAGCUUUAGAAACUUGGGGUGGGGGGAAGGCUUCAGGCUGAGCUCCACCAGUAGUACCAAAGCCAU